GAUUGAUUGGUCGGUAUUGGUCAGUGAGGAUAACGUAGCCAAUCAAUGACCUCAAAAUUAAGUGCAUUACCACAUUAAAAAAAAAAAAAAAUUUAUAAGAUGCAUUGUAAUCAUUCGUAAUACAACAGCAGUUAGUAAGUAAUUGUAAAGUUUAAUGAAAAGUAAUUACAUGAUACGUAAUGCAACUCUGUGAUAUAAUUUUUACGAAUAAAAGAAAGUUUUACCGAUAAACGUAACAUAGUGAUUAGAAAUAUUUUGCUACCUUUAUUUUAUUUUAUCUAAUUUUGUAUAUGAGUCAUAUCGAAAUUAAAUAAUAUGUAAAUAAAACGUUUACGCUUAUAUUAAUAAUAAUAAAUUUGAUGACUAAUUAUUAACUAAACGUUCAGUUUUUAUAUACUGACUGUAUUAAAACGCAUACCAUUAAACGAUAGUAAUGGUGCAAGGACACAUAUCAAAGAUUCAAUUUCAAGUAGUUGAUGAUGACUUCUAAGCAAAAUACAGGAAAAAUAACAUUAGGUAUGAUUAAAGGUAAACCAUUUACCACAUCUGUUCCAAUAAUACAUUAUCAUGCAAGUGAUGAUGAAUUGGAAGAACUAUAUCUUAGUACAGAUGAAGAAAAACAAGAUUUGGAAUAUGAAGAAGUCUCAUCUCAAUUAUCUUUAUCUCCAUCAAAAACUCCGGACAAAAAAACAGAUAAAGAAAAAACGGAAAGUAAAUUAGAUCAAAGGUCUUCUAGUAUCGAUGGAAAUAUAUCUGAAGGAACAUCUCAAUCUUCUGAUCCUUGGAGAGUAUUAUCAGAGAUCAAAGGUAAAAUUACGAAAACGUUUGAAGAAAAACUUCACGAAAUAAAAAGUGAACACAAAAAAGCAUAUAGAAAUAGUAAAGAAAAUUCAAGUAUCAGUGAUUCAGAAGAUUUAAUAGAUGUAACACCGAUUGAAAAAACCAUUACUGAUAAACAAGAGAAAGAAGAAGCUUUCCCAAUUGUUGAUAUAAAAGAAGAUAGUAGCAGAUUUAUUGGUUUCUCUAAUAUAAAAGUUGGUAUUAAAACAAAAAAUUCAGAAGAAGAUAGCAUUGAAAGUGGAGUAGAAGCUGCUGAAUUGAAUGAAAGUUUUCCUAAUGGAACAGAUGACAAAACACAGAGUAAUCCACCAGAUAUUAAAUGUAUUGAUAUAAAAGAUAAUGAUAAAAAACUGCAUGAUACGUUAAAUCAAUCAUUAUUACACACUAUCCUGUUUUCACCUAGGACAGAACCUAAACCAACAUUCGCAUGGCUUAAAAAUGAACUACUCCAUCAGUUGUUUCAUCGAAUAUUUGUUUUUAUUAUGGUAAUCGCUUCUUCUUAUUACCUUAUUCCAUUUCCGGAGUAUAUUCUUGGCUUUGUCGGGGGUGUAUUCACAUCUAUUAUAGCAUAUGAUACAGUAGCAAGCAUGAAAAAAAUAUUAAAAACUGUACCAGAAGGUAAAAAAAUAUCAACACAUGAGGUUCCAGUUGUAGAAAUACCUGCAGUAGAGGAGCACGCUGUCUUAGAAAGAUUUGAGGGAUGGUUAAAUGAGUUACCAUACUUAUAUGAUCCACAAAAUUAUCAUGUGGCACGCACAAAGUCUGUUUAUUUUAGACUAGAAGGUGAUACUUUGCGAAUAAUGGAAACAAGAAUGAGAAUACCAAAAAGGGCUGUUUGGGAUGAACCAAAGCACAAACUCAAGUUUACCCGGAGAAGAACUUAUAGCUUGGCUGGUGCAAAGAUAGAAUUACUUCCUGAAGGUCUUAUUAGAAGAAGGAGAUGGAGCAAAAAGUACCCAAUUUGUAUUACGAUAGAAAAGGGAGCCCUAGUUGAAAAUGUUGCCUUGAAAGACUGUUAUAACAAAGAAACUAAUGCUUUUAAAAAUAAUAAACAAAAGAUUAUAGAGGAAGACGUAGAAAAUCAGGUAUAUAAAAAAAAAGAUAAAGAAGAUAAUAAAGAGAAUGAAGAACAGAUAGAACAAGAAGUCGAAGAUGAAAUAGAUGAAGAGGAAGAUGAGGAUGAAACCGAUGAAGAUUUUACACAAACGCGAAAUCUAAAAAAUUCUUUAAUAGGUCACAGCGAGAAUGACCAAAAUGAUAUAUGCAAACUAUUUAUUUUUGCAAGAGCUGAUCGUCAAAAAGAAGAUUGGUAUAGACGUUUGGUCACUGCAGCAAACUGUAAAAAAAGAAAUUCUAUUUCAACAAUGAGUGAUAGUUCCAAUCCAUCUCUGUCGCAGCAAACGAUUGUUAAUGAAUCGAAAGUUCCAACAUCGCCUAGUCCUUCUUUUGACCGUCCUCCGGAAUUCAAUUACAAUACAUACAUGAGUCAGUACCUUGAUACUGUUACAACAACUCCGAGUUCUGAGAUUGAAUCUCCUAUUCCUAUAUAUGAUAUGAUGUGGCUCAACUGUUUAUUAGGUCGUAUAUUGUUUGACAUGCACAAAUGCUCCGAUACUAUAAAUCUUAUUCAAGACAAAAUUCAACGAAAACUUUCGAAUAUAAAACUACCAUAUUUUAUGGAGAGUUUAACUGUGUCGGAUAUGCUCAUAGGUCAGAGAGCACCGUUUAUUCAAGAUACGUCAAAGCCAAUAAUAGAUGAACGAGGACUUUGGAUAGAUCUGAAUGUAUUAUACAAGGGAUGCUUAACUAUGACUAUCGAAACAAAAUUAAAUCUUAUGAAAUUAACCAGAGCUGGUUCUAUGUCUAGUAAUUCUAGUGAUGUGAUAGCUGGAGAAAAAUCUAAGACAAUAAGAUCUCCUAUGUUUGAUAGUGAUGUAGAAGAUAGUCCAGAAACGUCAACGGAAGAAGAGGAUAAGUCUAAUAUGACAAUGUGUACAACAUCAAAAGAUACACCUUCCACCCAGUCUUCGGGGAGAAAAUUUCUUAGUAUGGUAGAUAGAUUGGCUGCAAGUAAAUACUUUCAGCAUGCAACUGAACUAUCUUACGUACGUAAAGCAAUUGAAGGUGUUUCUAAUACUGAAAUUCGAUUAACGGUCAGUGUAUCUGGCAUAGAAGGCUGCUUAUCUAUAAACAUUCCUCCACCGCCUUCUGAUCGGCUUUGGUAUGGUUUCAAGCCAAGACCGAAAAUUUCGAUUACUGUAACACCUGCCGUAGGUGAAAGAAUAGUAAAUAUCGGUUAUGUGACCAAGUGGAUCGAAACCAAAUUACUCCGAGAAUUCGAAAAAAUUGUUGUUUUACCGAAUAUGGAUGACCUUAUUAUAUCAUUAUGUCCAAAUUAUCCUUAUGCUACAACGUAAAUUUUUAUGGACGCGAUGUAUGUAAUAAGCGCAAAUGUAUUCACAAGAUGUAAAUUUUGCAUAGAGUUUUAAAUUCGAUGUCUAUAUUUUAUUACUGUACAAUUAUAAAAGGUAUUAGUAAUGUUAUAUUCAAAGAAACGUUUUAAUUAUAUACAAAACAAAAAAGAAAGUAAGAAAGAAAAAUAUGAUCUGUAAUUAGUCCACCUUGAAAGUUUAUAAUCUAUGCAAAAAGUAUAUAUUUCUAAAGAGCAACGGUAAACAAUAAGUAUGAUUUUAGAAAAAUAAUCAGUAUUGUAUCGUAGAAUAAAAUACGUAUAUAGAUAUAUAUAUUUUUUUUACUAAAAUAAUAUUUUAUAUUAAACUCUCAUUAAAUUUACAAAAUUAACAGAUGCUUUUCAUUACUCAUUAAUAAUUAGAAGCAGAAGUCAUAUGUACAUUUUCAAGGUGGAAAAAAAUAAAAAAUUAAUAAUUUUCGAAUAUUUGUUAUACAAAAAUAAACCACAAAAUUGAAGAAUCAACAAUGGUACAGCUCUUUUACGUGUAUAUAUUUGUAUUACUCAUUGAAACUCGACUUAAAAGUCGUGAUAGUAAGCGUGUUUGCUAUAAAAUAAUACCUCCGUGCUACUUGCAGUUAAAGGAAAUUGGUCGAGUGAAAGUCCGAACAUAGAAAUGUUUCUACACGAGCUUGUAAAAAAUAAAGAACGAUUUCUCGGAUGUAUUUAUAAUAGUAUAUAAUGAUUUGUGCACGAUUCUUUUGACGUUAUUAUUCGUCUGUAUAUAUAUAUAUGUUUUAAAACAAUAAUAACGUCUUUUUGUGGCGAUUUCACCUUUGUAAUUUACUUUUAAUUUGUAUUAGUUCCUUAUUAUGAAAUAAUGCAAUUAAAGAUCUGUCGACUGUGUUAAGUUCAAAGCUAUAACGAUACCGUAUGUAAUGCAAAACAAAAAGAAAAAAAACAAUAAAUGAAAAGUAAAUGAUUAUCAAAG